AAUCCAUACUUAUAAAUACUCUUUCUUUUAUUGAAUAGCACAAUUUGACACACUCUAUGGCUUUUUCAGUAACUCAUCACAAGCAAAAAUUAGUAGUUCCAGAUAAAGCAACACCUUUUGAGACAAAACAUAUUUCUGAUAUAGAUGAUCAAGGGAGUACUCAUUUCCAAAUGCCCACAAUAAUGUUUUACAAAUAUAAUUCUUCAAUGGAAGGGAAAGAUCCUGCAAAAUAUAUCAAAGAUGGACUGUCAAAAACCCUAGUAUUUUACUAUCCAUUAGCUGGUAGGAUAUUUGAAGGGCCAAAUAAGAAGCUUUUGGUGAAUUGCAAUGGUGAAGGAAUCUUGUUUGUUGAAGCUGAUGCUAAUAUAGAGCUUGAGAAGUUAGGAAACUCAAUUAAACCACCAUGUCCACACUUGGAUUUACUGAUUCACAAUGUUCCUGGUUCAGAUGGACUCAUUGGCUGUCCUCUUUUGUUAAUUCAGGUUACCCGUUUUAGCUGUGGCGGAUUUGCUGUUGGAAUCAGACUAAAUCACACUAUGAUGGAUGCUUAUGGCUUAAAAAUGUUUCUAAAUGCAUUAAGUGAAUUAAUUCAAGGAGCUUCUACACCUACAAUAGUACCUGUAUGGGAAAGAAAACUCCUAAAUGCAAGAUCACCACCAUGCAUUACAUGUACUCACCCUGAGUAUGAUGAGCAAAUUGAAUCAAAAAAUGCAUGGAAAUUUUUAGAAGACAAGUUGGUCCAAAAAUCAUUUUUCUUUGGAAAUAAAGAGAUUGAAGCCAUUAGAAAACAAGUUUUUCCAAACCAUAGUGAAGGUACAAAAUUCGAGUUAUUAGUGGCGUUUUUAUGGAAAUAUCGUACAAUUGCUCUUGGAUUGCGCCCUGAAGAGAUUGUUCGUUUGACAUAUGUCGUUAAUGUGCGUGGAAAAUCACUAAAAUUUGAACUGCCACGCGGAUAUUAUGGGAAUGCAUUCGUUGCUCCAGCCAUAGUAUCAAAAGCAGGAUUGCUAUGUUCAAGUCCAUUAUCAUAUGCAGUUGAAUUGGUUAAGAAAGUUAAAGAUCAUAUGAAUGAAGAGUACAUUAGAUCAGUGGCAGAUCUUAUGGUAAUUAAAGGGAGACCAGAGUUGUCAAAAUCUUGGAAUUUUAUUGUCUCAGAUAAUAGAUCUGCUGGAUUUGAUGAAGUUGAUUUUGGAUGGGGAAAGCCUAUUUUUGGAGGGGUACCAAAAGCUAUAUCUUUCAUUAGUUUUUGUGUGCCUGUUAAAAAUGACAAGGGAGAAAAAGGUAUUCUCAUUGCUAUAAGUUUGCCUCCACUGGCCAUGGAAAAAUUUCAAGAGGUUGUCUACAACAUGACUUACAAAAAUGUGGUAGGUGUCAACAUAAUAGUCUCAAAGAUUUAAGGUUUUUCUUUCCCUUUUCACCUUAUACAUGUUUUGAGUGUGUGAAUCAGAAUUAUAGUGUAAAUAAUAUAUGUCUUGCUUUAUGUUGUUGUAUAGUAGUUUGUAAUAUU